AUGGCGAUCAUUUCGGGGCUCAUGAUUGGAAUCGAAUUGCCAGAAAACUACGCUCAUCAGAAGAUUUAUCAGGAGAUUCUGCAGAAACUUGGCAAAAUAUCGCAUGCGCAUCUGUUCCACAAUUCAGCGACCAUGACGAAUGGAUACAACUGGUGUCCUACAAACAUUUACGAUCUUCCAGUUACGCUUUCAGCCAACACCCUCCAGAUUGAAGAGAACGGGAAUUUGUUCGGAGAGUGGAAUAUCAUGUCUCUCGAUCACAUCAAAGAUGAAAGCAUUGUCUUAGGCCAUGCCCAUCCAUUGAUAGAAGGAAAGGUUCGCCUCGCCCAAAAGGAGAAAGACCAACAUAUGUUGCUGGUUGAGCCUGAAUUCACCCUUGGCCAGACUAGGAUAAGCAGAGGCCUGCUGGUCAAGCCUUCGCUUAGGCGUGAGAAGAACUAUCUCGAUUGUGUUUGUGAUUAUAUCGGUCCAGUUUAUUUCCAUCCGCCAUUGAUCAGAUCAGAUAUCCCAAAUUUUGACCCGACGUUGUUAUUCAAGGUUCACGUUGGAAACGACGAGACGACUCACAAGGGCAGCCAUCAAAGCACCGAAAGGAGGCAGAGUGCCCAGAGCAUGAUCCAGGACAUGAAGAAUGGUUCACUACACCCGCAAUACAGGAAACGGGAAAGUGAUUUGAAAACAUUUGACGUUACCGCAUGGGACGAAUUAAAAUUAUUGGCGGAGUUCAAAAAAGCUGCCGCUGAUGGUGAUUACGAAAACACCAAAGCUCUUCUGGAGAAGGUACGCGAUCCGAACCACACAGACGAAUCCGGGUGGUCUGCAUUGCAUCAUGCCGUUUGGUCUGGCGAAACAAAAGUAGCCAAGCUGCUUGUCAAAAGGUUGAAUCUUCAACAGCAGACUGCCCGUGGCGAGGAACCACUUCACCUCGCAUCAGAACGCGGCAAUAAUGAACUGCGGCGAUGGGGGGGCUUCACCGGAAUCGUUGAUGAAAUCUUGAAUGAGAACUGGGAAAUCAACGCCACCGAUCCUACAGGGCAGACUGCACUACAUAUGGCAGCGGAUCGGGGCCGUGAGGAUGUAGUGCAUACCCUCACCAAGCAAAACGCCGAUCAUGGUCUAAAAGACAACAAAGACAGAACCGCUUUGUCCCUAGCGGUUUUCGGCGGCCACGAGAGCACUGCCAAAUUACUCAGAAAUGCAGGAGCGGAUCCUAAUGUCCACCAGAAGGGGAUAACUCUGCUCCAGCAAGCAGGAAUGUUGAACAACAACACAGCUAUCAAAAUACUCGGCGGCUUGGGGGCAGAUCUCGACACACGGAAUGGAUUUAAUGCGAUUGAGCAUGCGGCGUGGAACGGUCACGUUGAGAUUAUCGAGACACUUGUCCAACUUGAAGUGGAUCUCGAAACCCGACAUCAAUUUAACCAAACUCCGCUUCAUAGCGCGGCGGGCAACGGUCAGGUGAACGUUAUCAAGACACUCGUUAAACUUGGAGCGGAUCUCGAAGCGCAAAAUAACCGGGGCUGGACUCCGCUUUAUCUCGCGGCGAUCAACGGUCAGGCGAACGCUAUCGAGACACUCGCUAAAUUUGGAGCGGAUCCUAAAGUCCAAGAUAAUGUUGGCUGGACUCCGCUUCAUCUCGCGGCGGAUAAUGGUCAGGUGAACGCUAUCGAAACACUUGUCAGAGUUAAUGCGGACCUUGAAGCCCAAGAUAAAUAUAACCAAACUUCGCUUCAUCUCGCGGCGAACAAUGGUCAGGUGAACGCUAUCGAGACACUCGUUAAACUUGGAGCGGAUCUGGAAGCGCAAAAUAACCGGGGCCGGACUCCUCUUCAUCUCGCGGCGAACAAUGGUAAGGUGAACGCUAUCGAGACGCUCGCUAAAUUUGGAGUGGAUCUUGAAGCCCAAGAUAGCUUGGGCUGGACUCCGCUUCAUCUCGCGGCGGAUAGUGGUCAGGUGAACGCUAUCGAAACACUUGUCAGAGUUAAAGCGGAUCUUGAAGCCCGAGAUAAAUAUGACCAAACUUCGCUUCAUCUCGCGGUGAACAGUGGUCGGGUGAACGCCGUCGAGACACUCGCUAAAUUUGGAGCGGAUCUUGAAGCCCAAGAUAACCUAGGCCGGACUCCGCUUCAUCUCGCGGCGGAUAAUGGUGAGGUGAAUGCUAUCGAGGCACUCGCUAAACUUGGAGCGAAUCUCGAAGCGCAAAAUACCUGGGGCCAGACUCCGCUUCAUUUGGCGGAAGACGGUCGUCACGAUCUCGCUAUAAAGAUACUGGGCGAGCUUAUCAAAGCGAGACUGACUAAGGACAGUGACGUCGACAUAGUCAAUGAAAGCUAG